CUGAAAAAAGGUUAUGUUUAUAAACAGAAUUAACAGAAAUAAUAAUAAAUUUGUAUUGUAAUUUAUGACCCUCAGUUUAAAUAAGUAAACUUAUAACUGAGCAGGUGCACUUCUUCUGAAGUGCUUUUAUGAUUUGUCUAAACCGUAAUAUGACAUCACUUAUGAUGGAUUACGAAUUCAAAAUGAAAACACAAAAUGAAAGAAUUAAAGUAGAGGAUCUAUUUGAUUACGAGGGCUGUAAAGUCGGAAGAGGCACUUAUGGACAUGUUUAUAAAGGACGUCGAAAAGACGGAUCUGACCCCAGAGACUAUGCUCUAAAACAAAUCGAAGGGACUGGGCUAUCUAUGUCAGCUUGCCGAGAAAUAGCACUUUUGAGGGAACUGAAACAUCCAAAUGUAAUUAAUUUGAUAAGAGUAUUUUUAUCCCAUAACGAUAGAAAGGUAUGGCUUUUAUUCGAUUUUGCUGAGCACGAUUUGUGGCAUAUAAUAAAAUUUCAUCGUGCAGCCAAAGCUAAUAAGAAGCCGGUGAUGGUACCUAAAGGAAUGGUAAAGUCACUUUUAUAUCAAAUAUUAGAUGGAAUUCAUUAUCUUCAUUCAAACUGGGUAUUACACAGGGAUCUGAAACCAGCUAAUAUUUUGGUAAUGGGCGAAGGACCAGAAAGAGGAAGAGUGAAAAUUGCUGAUAUGGGUUUUGCCAGAUUGUUCAAUGCACCUCUUAAACCCCUGGCUGACUUGGAUCCUGUUGUAGUCACGUUUUGGUAUCGUGCGCCAGAAUUAUUACUAGGAGCAAGACAUUAUACAAAAGCCAUAGACAUAUGGGCUAUAGGUUGUAUAUUCGCUGAGUUGUUGACUUCUGAACCAAUUUUUCAUUGUCGUCAGGAGGACAUUAAAACCAGCAAUCCAUAUCAUCAUGAUCAAUUAGACAGAAUAUUUAAUGUAAUGGGUUUUCCCCACGAGAAAGAUUGGGAGGAUAUUAAGAAAAUGCCUGAGCACCCGACACUUUCAAAGGAUUUUAAAAAAUCAAAUUAUCUCAACUGUUCUUUGGUGAAAUAUAUGGAUAGACAUAAAAUUAAACCAGAUAGUAAAGCGUUUCAUCUCCUUCAGAAACUGUUGUUAAUGGAUCCAAAUAAAAGAAUAACUUCUGAACAAGCCAUGCAGGACCCGUAUUUCCAAGAAGAACCUCUACCCACCUUGGAUGUUUUUGCAGGAUGUCCUAUACCGUAUCCAAAAAGAGAGUUUUUGACUGAUGAUGAUCAAGAGGAAAAGUCUGAUAAUAAAAGACAAAACCAACAACAGCAACAACAACAACCUCAACAGCAACAGCAGCAGCAACAAACUCAGCAGCAACAGCAACAAGCAAAUCAACAGGACAAUCACAACCCUGCUAAAAGAGUUCGUUUAUCGGGACCACAAGGGCAUCCCGGACAGGUUAACCAACAGCAGCAAGAAUUUCACCAACAGCAAAUGAUGUAUAAUAACAGCUCCCAGCAACAACAACAAAAUUUUCAACAAAGGUUUUAAGAUUACAUAUAAUUAAGAUUAAAAAAAUAAAUAAGAUAUUUUAUAGCAAAAAUCAAUCAUUUACUUAAUUGCCUAUAACGAAAUGUCAUGGACAUAUUUUAUUCUUGUAAGAUUUUAGUGAUAGGUUGUUAUUUUGAGAUUGACCUCUGAAUUUGCAGGUUAUUUGCUUUAAAUGUAUCAGACCUCAAUUAAAGAAACUAGGUAGUUCUUUUUUUUAUUCUAGGUUAUAUGAACUUGUUUCUUUUUGCCUUUAGGUGCCACUUUGACGAUGACAAUUAAUUUUAUAUAAUGUAGAAUAAAUACUCGAGUAUGUGUUUAAAUGCAAAUGUAGAAAGGUUUUUGUUCCUAUACAAGUUUUUAAUUUUGUAUAAUAAUACCUUCACUACAAAAUUAAAAUAUAUUAUAGUUCAAAGCAUAAACAUAAAACUGAAUUUAUGUAUUUUCUUAAACAUGUUUUAGUUUUUCGAUUUUGAAUAAACCUCGUACUAUUCUGUCUGAUUUCUUACUCAACUUGUUAACUGGUUUAUUGCUAUAUUGUUAAUAAUAUACCGAAUUUUUAAUUAUGAAAAGGCCAAAAUAAGUAUUAAUAGCAACCCUUCUUGUAGCAUAGUGACUUAUUUACUAUAUUUUUAAUUUAUAGUUUGGCAAAAUACCUACCUGAAAAUGAAAGAGUAAAUUUUAACAAAAUUUAAUUGCAAUAAACUUAUUGUGUAUGAUUAUUUUAAAAUAUUACUUACUCGA